CAGGCGGGGGAGGGAGCCCCUCUCUCGGACACACACUAGCAGCAUCACAGCCUCGCCUCAUUGAACAAGGCAGAGAGGGGAGAGAAAUGCGAAGGGAUGUAAGAUGGCAGAGCUACAAAUGUUGCUAGAGGAGGAAAUCCCUGCCGGCAAGCGAGCUCUUGUGGAGAGCUACCAAAACCUUUCCCGCGUCGCGGAAUACUGUGAAAACAACUAUGUUCAGGCACAAGAUAAAAGGAAAGCCCUGGAGGAGACCAAGUCCUACACCACCCAGUCUCUGGCCAGCGUGGCUUAUCAGAUCAAUGCCUUAGCCAACAAUGUGCUACAACUACUGGACAUCCAGGCCUCGCAACUGCGACGCAUGGAGUCCUCCAUCAACCACAUCUCCCAGACGGUGGACAUUCAUAAGGAGAAGGUGGCACGUCGUGAGAUUGGCAUCCUGACCACCAAUAAGAACACCUCUCGCACCCAUAAGAUCAUUGCCCCGGGCAACAUGGAGCGGCCCGUGCGCUACAUUCGAAAACCCAUCGAUUACACCCUGCUGGAUGAUGUGGGGCACGGAGUAAAAUGGCUCAAAGCCAAGCAAAAUGGGAACAAUGCUGCAGGACGGGCAGGACAAGCGACGGGGACGCUGUCUAGAACCAACCCGCCAACACAGAAACCACCGAGCCCUCCAAUGGCUGGCCGCGGCACCCUGGGGCGCAACACGCCCUACAAGACACUGGAGCCUGUGAAGCCUCCAGUGGUGCCCAACGACUACAUGACGAGUCCGGCCCGACUGGGCAACCAGCAGAGCCCUGCACGCACAGCCUCACUCAAUCAGAGGCCCAGGACACACAGUGGCAGCAGUGGCGGAAGUGGUGGCAGGGAGAACAGUGGGAGCAGUGGCGUGGGUGUCCCCUUAGCGGUCCCCACACCUUCCCCUCCCAGUAUGGGCCAAGUGGUGACAUCCUCCGCCUCAGUGCCCCAAGGUCCCGGGCUCGGUCCGAUCCCCAUGUCCCAGUUCGGCACCAUCUCCCGACAGAUCUCCCGUCACAACUCCUCCACCACCUCCUCGGCCUCCAUGGUGUCGGCCACAGGCACAUACCGCCGCGCUCCCUCCGUUUCUUCUCAGCAGCCUCACAUCAACGGGGGUCCGGCCUUCCCACAGAACCCAGUGUCUGUGGCUCCUCCGCCUCCUCCGAUGGUCCAGCUGACACCACAGAUACCUCUGACCGGCUUUGUGGCCAGAAUGCAAGAGAGCAUAACAGACAGCCCAGCUCCGCCUCCUCCGCCUCCACCAGAGGACAUGGGCGUGUUUGAGGAGCCCUCGCCGCCUCCUCCGCCACCGCCUGUCGACUACGAAGAGGAGGAGGCUGCAGUGGUCCAUUACAGUGACCCUUAUGCCGAUGGAGAUCCCCACUGGGCCCCUAAGGCCUAUUUAGAGAAAGUCGUGGCCAUCUAUGACUACAGCAAGGACAAGGAGGAUGAGCUGUCGUUCAUGGAAGGAGCCAUCAUUUAUAUCAUCAAGAAAAACGAUGACGGCUGGUUUGAAGGCGUCUGCAACGGCGUCACGGGACUCUUCCCAGGAAACUACGUGGAGUCAAUCAUGCACUAUGCUGAUUAGGAAAAGGUAAAACGGUGAAGUUGUACAGAUGGAUGCAGUUCUUACAUCUCUCCUUUUUCGGUGAAGUGCCAUGGCAACAUCUCUGGAAUAUUCCGUAUGUGUUUUUUUGAGGCACACAAAAGCGGUGUUGAAGCUUUGGAAGAGGGAGUUCUGUGGACAAAAAAAGGGAGGAGGUAAAAGCAUUUUGUGCUGCUGCCACGUGAUCGACAGCAGUUAACACUUUGCCUCAUGAACAAAAUGAGCAGGCUGAAUAUUUGUAAAUGUUUAGUGUUGAUAUGUUAGUGCAACAGCCAGUAUUGAAUUUGCAGUGUUAACCCAAUUUGUUCUUAUCAUCUUGACUUGCAGACUGGCCCUUUUCCAAAGCUGUUCCCUCUUUCCGGAAAACACCCAUUCUACCUUAUCAUAAGUGAAAAAACACAUCAAGUGCAUUAGCACACGACUGAAUGUCAGAAUUGUGUCGUCGCAGAGAGAGGAAAUUGCCUAAAACACACAAAAAAAGUUCUUAGUCUAGACUGCAAUCCGCGUUUGACAUCAACCCACAAUGGUUGCUUGGCUGUCAUGUUUGAAGGAAAAUCCAAACAUUAUUUAACGUUAAAUUCCAGCACUUCUAAAAGAAAAUUUGCAGGAUUCCUUUUAAAAAUGGCCAACUGAAGGUAUGUAGAAUGCAUUCCAAAAACACCCCUCCUCUUUCCGCUCUCUGACUUGUACAUAAAGUGUAAUGUGAGAAGUUAGCAGUACUGUAAAGUGCAUUCGUCAGUCCGUGUCCUUGCCCCCGCCUUCCCUGUGUGAUUUCCCAUCAGUUUCAGUGGAGGUGGUGCCAAUAGUAGAUUAUACAGUAUGUUUAUUUCCACUUGAAUACAAAUAUUCUUCAUCAACCACAGUGCCGUUCAACUUGUACCGGGGAAUAUUACCAGUAUCAUUGUCACCACACCUUAUUAAUGUGCGGUCCAGACACUGUAGCAGAGUUGAGUCUUGUCCUGAAGCGAAUGAAGGAGUCAUGUAUGUGUGUGUGUGUGUGUGUGUGUGUGUGUUCAUGUUUGAACAACUGCACUGAUUGAUUGGUCAUUACUCUGAUCGCGUCAAGACUAAUCCUGAUUCUUACGCGUGAUCGCUGCCUGCUAGUUGAGUGGUUUCUGGUGCGGUGCUUAACAUUGGUGCUUAACAACAGGAACCAUCGACCCAAACAACCUCAGAUGAAAAACUGUCUGAACAGAAAUGCGUUCACUUCUUCUGGAUUGUCUCUACAUUGCAGCGAAUGUAGUGUUGCGAUUGACGGCUACAUUGUUGGGACACAUGCAGGAGCUGAAGAUGAACGAAAACAGUAACAGGACUUCCUAAAGCGCUCCCACAAGAGGGAUGUCGUGUAACUCAACUGAUCAAGUAUUUGCUAGAGGUGUGUGAGUCGAGAGCUCAGAGAAUGGGGAGUCACGGGUGCUCGUCUGCGUUGAUUCGUUCACUUACUCACCCUUGAGUUUCACUGACUCAAGGGUGCUGGACGAGCAUCUACAGCUCGGUCGCCGAUCAUGUUGCGCAUGUGUGAGUUUCUGUGACGGGUGACUCCAGUGAAUCGAGUAUCCGAUUCAUUCCAGUGAAUGACCCCGCCCAAGGAAUCGAGUCAUUGAAAGGAAUCGCUGCAGUGUCACUCUCAGCUGAUCAAGCUAGAAAUGUGUUGUUGAAAGCUCGCACGUUUUUUACUAAACCUUGACUCACGGGUAGUCGUCUCCGUCAACUCCGUUUCCGAUUUUGUCACACAAUUCCUCUUUUUGUUUACCUUUGAGUAAGGCCUCUGCAGCAGAAGCACUCCUUCACAACUCUCCUGUUGAUGAAAGAUUUUCUGUUUUGCUCCAGUAUCCAUACAAUCCUUAGUGGACACUCAUUUGCACGUUGCUGUGCUGUAAAUGAAUGCGUUAUGACUCUCGUAGAUUUUUCAAACUGGGCUCUAAGCGACGUUGUUGAUACUUUUGUCAGGUAAUGUCAGGUAAUGUCGCGUCACAUUUGCACUUUUGACCAGCGCUACACUUUCAGAGCAUAUGAACGAUUUGCACUUGACUCAAAACGGAACAAUUCGGCUCGACAACGACUCGAAUUUUACUUACGGAUGCUCGAGGAAGACUGGAGUUUAAAUGACUCACAUGUACUUCAUGAAGACCUGAGUUUCACAGCAGAAUUUUUUGAGGCUGACUCACAGAUUCAACUAAACGAACAAUUCACUCGCUCGGCCCGGCACUUUCACUGACUCACAACUACUCGGCGAUUACUCGAGUAACACUGACUCACUGGUGGGCAGAGACUCGUGUUUCACUGACUCACGUGUGUUCAUCGAGCACCUACAGCCGAACAGCUGCUAACGGCUCACAAACUCAUUCACUCGCUUAGCCCACGAGUUUCACUGAAUCAAAAGUGCUCAACGAAGACUCAAGUUUCCCGCGGGGGCUCGUCGAGCAUCUAUAGCCGAACUUGUGCGCAUGACUCACAGACUCGACAAAAUCAACAGUUCACUGGCUCACCGCUACUCGACGACGACUCGAGUUACACUGACUAACAGGUGGACAAAGACUCGAGUUUCACUGACUCACGGGUGUUCAUCGAGCACCUACAGCCGAACUGUUGCGCACGGCUCAAGAACUCAUUCACUCGCUUGGCCCACGAGUUUCACUGACUCACAGGUGCUCGAUGAAGACUUGAGUUUGACUCACGAGUGCUCGCCGAUCAACUACAGCCACAUUUUUGCGCAUGACUCAUAGACUCGACAAAAAAACAAUUCACUCGCUCAGCUUGCGACUCCCACAGACUCUCGUGUACUCGAUGAAGACUCAAGUUUCCCGCAGGAGCUCGGCGAACAUCUAUAGCCCAACUUGUGUGCAUGACUCACAGACUCGACAAAAUCAACAAUUUAUUGGCUCAGCAUGCAAGUUUCACUGACUCAUUAUACUCAACGACGACUCGAGUUUCACUGACUCACUGGUGCUCGCCAAACAUCUACAACCGAAUUUUUGCGCAUGACUCACAGACUCGGCAAAAGAACAAUUCACUCGUUCAGCACGCGACUUUCACGGACUCACAGGUGUUCAACAAAGACUCGAGUUUCACUGACUCACAAAUGCCCGACGAAGGCUCGAGUUUCCCUGACUCACGGUGGUUUGCCGAACCUAUACAGCCGUUCCGACCAAAUGAACAAUUCACUCGCUCAGCCCGGGAAUUUCACUUACUCACGACCACUCAACGACGACUGGAGUUUUACUGAUGCACGCGUUGAUGAAGCCUCGAGUUUCACUGACUCGUGGGUGCUCGGCGAGCAUCUACAGCCGAACUUUUUGCGCAUGACUCAUAGACAAAAGAACAAUUCUCUCGCCCAGCCCGCGAGUUUCAUGGGUGUUCGACGAAGACUCGCGUUUCGCUGACUCACGGGUGCUCGACGAAGACUCGCGUUUCAUUCACUCACUGGUGCAACUUGUUGCGCAACUCACACAUGCCUUCUGUGACAGGUGACUGCAGUGACUCAUAAGAACUAGAGUGAGUUAAAAGAAUGGCAUUUCCCAUCACUAUUACAGGAUUUGCUGUAUGUUUUGCAAUACUUGUGUCCAUAAAGUGUGCGUAUAAAACUGUCGAUAGAGCACAAAAUGUGUUUCUUUCCCUUGUCGCUACGAUUUAAGCUUCCGUCUGACGCCACGUGAACAAUCAUUUGUCCCUAAGGGCCGUUCGGGGUGAAGUUUCAUUCAGGAAAAGAACAAAAGCGCAAUGCCUUUUGUUGGAUCCCAACUUAAACAAGACAUGCUGCCAAUGUUGCGUUCAUACAUCCCAUUUAUGAUUGUACUUUUCCAUCAUGAGGUGACAACUUUUCUAUCUAAUGAAUUUCUAGCUUUGCAUUCUACUUGUUUUUACAUCUACUGGAUGGUUGGAGCAGCGCACAAAGGUUUGCUCACACUUUGUAUGUAAAGGAUUUAUUUAUACUUUUUCAUAGAGGACAACCACUGAUGUGCAGAACUUUGUGAUGUUUGUCACGUGACGUCGAGCAUUUCAGGACAUCGCAUGGAUCAAGACGACUAUUUUGUUAUUUAAUGUGUGGCUUCGUAUGACGUGGGGGGGGGAGAGUGGUAACUUAAGCGUUGAUGAGAAGUGAAUAUUGGUCUUCUCAGAGUUUGUACAUAGCAUGUGUUCACUGAAAUGAAUGUACAGUCUUUUUGUAAUAAACACAUUAAAAUGCAUUGAAACAACGUCAAACGUGUGAUUUGUGUCAUAGAUUUCAUGGUCAUCACUUAAAAGGCAUUUAAAAUGGGCUUGAUAGACGAUAAAUGGAUUUGGGAGGGGCUUAAAUUCUGUUUCGCUAACUUUGCAGCUUCAAUAUUAAAAAAAUGUAAAAAUUAUAUGAAAUAAUUAAAAUAAGUAUUAUCUAGGGCAGGGGUGUCCAAACUUUUUCCACAAGGGCCGCAUACUGAAAAAUCAAAGGACGAGGGGUUACUUUUCCAUUUUUUUUAAACCAAGCAAACCAAUGUCGAUAUGCUGAGAAUAUGAAAGAAAUUGCUUUGUUAUCCGUGACAAAGUGUAUUAUUAUAUGAACUUUUUCUCCUUGCAUUACACUUUUUACAACAAUUUUUACAAACGUAUGUUCUUGUACAUUUUUUCUCAUAUUAUGACUUUAUUCUCAGAAUAUUUGGACUUCAUCGAAUAUUAUAACUUUUCCCAAAUUAGUUUUCAAAAAUUGCCACUUUAUUCUUUUUGUUUGUUGAUCAUAUUACGCCCUUUUUUUUCAUAUAUAUCAACUUUAUGCUCUUUUUUUCUCGUAACAUUAUGACUUGAAUCUUAAUAUUUCUUGUAAAAUUACUGCUUUCUUGUUUAAUCAUAUUUUUUGUACGACAGAGUAAAAAAAGUGAUUUAGAGAAUAAAGUUGUACAUUUGCAAGAAAAAAAACAUGUGAUAUUACGAAAAUAAAGUCGUAAACUUAGGAGGAAGAACUCAUAAUAUUCCAAGAAUAAAGUUGGAAUUUUACAAGAAUAAAGUCCCAACUUUAUGUUGCAGGCAUUGCCUGAGACAGCUACAAAAGGGGGGGACUUUUGUGACCUUUGGCAUUGGGCAUGUGGAGGAGGCGGGGUAAAUUAGUCGCCGGAACAAGAAAAAGUAGAGCUAUGCUAUCUUAUUACUUUUUUUCUUGUAAAUUUACGACUUUAUUAUCAUAAUAUUACGAGUUUUUUCUCGUAAAUUUGCCACUUUGGUCUUGUAAAUUUACGAAUUUAUUCUCACAAUCUCAGAUUUUUUUUUCUCAAUCUGGCCCUAACACGCCGUGGUAUUUCAGAAUGUGC